ACUUCGAUCGAAAUGAAUUCGGGGUCGUCUUCGCUUGGCAGCGGUAGCGCGCGAGUCCGGAGAAAUGUUUCUCCGUCUGAUUUUUGACACUGCGGGGGACGCGUGGUCUUCUCCAAAUGAUCGAUGCGGCCGCCGGCAGGUUCUCUGCAGAUCGGCGUCUCUGAUUUAGGUCCUGCUUAAUUUCUCCGGCGACCGUCGCAAUUCUGUCGAGUGCAAGCUGUCGAGGCUGUGCGGCGUCGUUCUGCGCUGACGUCUUUGCCUCGAAAUUCGUCUUCAGUUACUGAAAGUCAUCCCCUGCAUCCGCUUCUGGAUAUCAUCGCCAAUACGAGUUGCCUUGAACUCUUCCCUGUUGAUCAGUUUCGUUUUCAGCUUCCCGCAGUCAUGAACUUGCCGGAAAUUGUGGAUUCCGGGGGGAGGUUGGCCGCUAUGGUCAGAGUCUCUGGACCUGAUCCUCAUGGGCGGAAGCUGCGAAAUCAGGCUUUUCACCACUACAGUUCUGGUAUAACUACGCUUUCGGCUUCGGCUGUGCUGUUGCCGGAGGCCUUUUUUGAUGCUGACGCGGCCAGCCGGAUUCUGCCGGGCGCCGAUAGGCGGGGCGGAGCUCUGCUCCUCACGGUCGCUUCUGUUAUCGAGGCUUUUGUGGCGGCGCACCAUAGGCAAACUACUUCUCAGGGCUUACCUGAUCUGAUUCCUGAAGCUAAAAUCGAUGUUAUGUUAGAGUUUAUGUUGGAGUUGGAAGAACGUGUCGAUGCGGUUGAAGAUGGAGAUUCUCGUUGGAUUUGUGCAGAGCUUUUGAGAUUGGUUGAUGUUCCAGCUUCUUCCAUGGCCCUCCAAUCGCUCAUUGAAGCUUCUUCAGGCUCACCACACCAUGGUUGGGAGACUGGUUGGUCCCUUGCAUCUCAGGAUAGCGGUCCUAAGCCCUAUGGGAAGUCUCCUAAUUCAUCUAUGCUUGAAAGUCAUUCGGAAACCAAGGAAUAUAGGAGUCCUACCAAUAUGAGUAGGUCGAUUACUAGACUUGCUGUUCUGGGGAUCCCCCUGCUGAAGAAUCUUCCUCGUGUCCCUGUAGCAGCAUUGACUAAAAGGGGAGACUUCCUCUUAGCCAUGGGUUCCCCCUUUGGUAUCAUGUCACCAUUGCAUUUCUUUAACAGCAUUUCAGUGGGAUCCAUUGCCAAUUAUUAUCAUCCACCCAGAUCACCUAAGACAUCAUUGCUAAUGGCUGACAUCCGCUGUCUUCCUGGUACUGAAGGUGGUCCAGCUUUUGAUAAGUAUGGACGUUUUAUUGGAAUCUUGAUUAGUCCAUUGAGGCAAAAGAGUACUGGUGCAGAAAUUCAGCUGGUGAUUCCGUGGGAAGCCAUUGCAAGUGCUUGCAUUGACUUGCUGCUGAAGGAGCCUGAAAAUGCAGCAGCAGAUAAAGAGGUUCAUAUUAAUAAGGGAAACUUGAAUGCUGUAGGGGUAGUACACAAUCAUGACUCAGCUGUACCUUCACUGGUGCCUGUAGAGAAGGCGAUGCCUUCUAUUUGUCUCGUCACCAUGGGCGAAGGUGUAUGGGCAUCAGGAGUGCUGCUUAAUGAGCAAGGCUUAGUACUCACAAAUGCACACUUGUUGGAGCCUUGGAGGUUUGGAAGAACUACCGUUAGUGGUGGUGGAAAUGAGAUCGGAUCGGAGAUUAUUCCUUGUCAUCUGUCUAGAGAAGAUGUCUACCAGAAGAAUAAUAGGGGGUUUCUGAAUACACAAGAAGCUUUAGUGGAUCCUUCACGUGGAUCGAAUUUUUCCUUCAAAGAGCAUCAAACUAUACGUGUUCGCUUAGACCAUGUUGAUCCAUUGAUUUGGUGCUCCGCUAAAGUAGUAUAUAUAAGUAGGGGCCCCUUGGAUGUUGCCCUAUUGCAGCUUGAAAAUGUUCCAGCUCAUAUCAGCCCAAUCAGUGUGGAUCUUUCGUGCCCAGCUUUGGGAUCGAAGGCAUAUGUGAUUGGGCAUGCUUUAUUUGGCCCGAAAUGUGGGUUUUCUCCCUCUGUUUGCUCCGGAGUUGUAGCAAAAAUAGUGAGAUCAAAGGCAACUUCUUACGAUCGAUCUCAUGGAAAGGAUUCACAGAUUCCAGCAAUGCUUGAAACCACAGCUGCUGUACACCCUGGUGGCAGCGGUGGUGCUGUCGUUAACUCAGAAGGCCAAAUGAUUGGACUUGUUACAAGCAACACAAGGCAUGGCAGAGGCACAGUUAUACCACAUCUCAACUUCAGCAUUCCUUGUGCAGCCCUGGCUCCAAUUUUCGAGUUCUCCAAAGAUAUGCAGGACAUUAUGCUUCUGAAGCAGCUGGACCAACCGAACGACGACCUUUCUUCAGUAUGGUCGUUGUUGCCCCCAAUCUCCCCGAUGCCUAAACCAGAGCUGCUGCCGAGUCUUCCCCUGCCCCUGAACAAUAUUCAGGAUUCACUAAAGAAGUCCGGGAAGGGCUCUAAGUUCGCUAAGUUCCUAGCGGAAAGGGACGAGGUUUUGAGAAGGCCAGUAGCUGCUACUCAGCUUGGUAAGGUUGGUAGCAGCAGCAGUACAAAUGAGUCCAUCCAUCUUCCCAGCAAGCUAUGAACAUAUACCGAUAGCAAUCUGAAACGAAUCGACGUUUUCAAUAACACGAUGUUGUAUUUCGUUGGCACGAUUAGAUGAAUGUAUCGAUUGGCAAUGAUACUGUCCAUUGUACUGAUGUAUGACCAACCAAACAGUGGCACCAUCUUUGUCAUCACAUUUCCCAGUCUAAACGAAGUAUAGACAGACGCAUAGUUUACUAGUUACUAGUUAGGGACUCGUAUGUAAAUUGAUUAUAAUAGAAUAUCAAAACGGGU